AUGAGUCAAGAUCACAGCAGAGACAAUAGAAGCAAUCAGGACUAUCCCUGCGAAGAUAUUACCCGGCCUCAGUUUACUCCGCUGCCCGCCAUUCCGGAGAUUUCAACCCUUGACCAUCAAAUCUUCCUGAAUGGAGGGACUACCUCUAAACUCGAACGGCUACCAUCACGGCUGCAGUCUCAUAAAAAGAGAUCCUCAUCCUUGUACUCUACCGAUCAGCUCCACGAUCUGUCGUAUGAGAAUUCAUACCUCAGGGGAGAACUGUCGCGGCUCGAGGAGUACCGAUAUGCACUUUUGAAGCUGAAGAGCAAAGUUGCCUUCAUUUCCGAGAUGAUAAAAGAGAUACUGGAAGGUACAGAAAGGAGCUUGCGGGAUACAGACAGCAGUUACUUGAAACUCUACGGGAUAGAGGCGGACAAGAUGGAGAGUGGUGGAUUUAUUUGA